AUGUUGCAGUUGCAGUUCUUGUCAUUGGAGCUUGCCGCAAUCAAUCCAAGAACGAACCCCGCCAUUGAGGCAUUUCCUCUUAAAGACCUCAUGGAUGUGGACAUGAAUGAGUUUCAAAACCUGCUACAGAUGAUCCUGGUUAAUGCGGAUCUCAACCCGACAAAACCCAAAGCAGCAACAUGCUGUAACGAUGAAAUGCCCAUUAGUGACCUACUUACGAAAAUCGAAGCCGAUGAAGAGAGCAAGGGGAAGUUUUCAGACUUCAAUGGCUUAGAUGGGGAUCGCAUAAAGCAUGGGAAAUAUAGUUUCCCACACUCUCUGGUCCCUACCCUCGAGACAAUCAUUGGUGCUUGUGGCGAUAUUUCCGCAACAAGUAAGAUGAACCCGAGCAUCACCGAGAUGGUAUACAUAAUGUUCUGCGCUAGUGUCAAAGAGAUGAACGAUCUACGACUCGAGGAAAUCACCGAGGAUAGGAUAUUGAAGUGGAGGGACGCGAUCAAGGACGCUUUACGUAUCAGUUUCAAGGUGGAUUUCGCCAUGGAACAUUUGAAGAAAAUCGCUUGCGCUUACAUCGGUCAAAUCGAACGUCAGAAGCUGAAGGAUCUAGCUAUGAGGAUCUCCAGGUUAGAGGAUGAUCUGAACUUUAGGAAACAAGAGCUUGCAAAGGCAUAUAAACAGUCCAAGGUUUACAUUGAUGUUGCGGACAAUUUUAAUGGCAAGCUUGUUAGCUGGGGUAUGUUUCAGUCCUGUGCAUAAUUUAAAACAUCCAUACGAACUAUCCAAACUCGGAAAUUCAAUUUUCUUACAACAUAAUAACACAAACAUGAUAUGGAUACACGAACUACGAACAGGAUACACGAUAAGCCCUGAAAUCAUCCUUUCAUCUUCGGUCCAACUUCGAAAUUGGAAAAACAUACGGCCACGCAGCACCUGUUACGAUUCUCAAGGAAAGAAAAGGCUUUCCUUUUGCCAUCUUCAUUUCCAAGCUCAACAUUUGAGAAACAUAACAGGAAACAACUUCUCUUCCUGUUCUUAUUAUCAUUC